AUGAUACCGAAUUCGGCGCUGCAUUGUAUAACCGUAACCGUAUUGUUUCAGCUCACGGAUGCCGAACUCACUACGGUCCGCUUGGACACUCAUGAUACGUUCCAAAGUUGUUGGGGAGCCGGAGAACGAAAAAAGACAAAGGAAGAGAAAUCACAUAAGAAAAGAACCAGAAAGGGAACGGGUCAAGAACGGGAAGAUGAGCAAGCGAUGGCAUGUUCAGAGGCUCAAGCCGGAUCGUUAUCCCAUAGUCAAUCCGAUGGAUCUAUCAACUCCAGGGUAUCGGAAGACCUUCGUAAAGUGCAGGAGGAGAACGAGAACUUGAAACAAAAGCUAACUGACAUCGAGAAAACCAACAAGAACCUUCAGUCGGAGGCCGAUAAAAACCGUAAAGCACUUCAUUCAGCAGAAUUAAGAAUCGAGGAGCUUUUACAAGAAAUGGAACAAUUGAGAAACAUUAGUUACGUGGAAAGUCCUCUAGCUGCGAGCGAUCGCGCAGUGCUUCCGACAGAUUUGGAAACACCUCAGAUUAAUCUAUUGGACUCUGAAGCUUCAGCCCAGUUGCAUAAUCAAGUUCAACGAUUGGAGAAGGAAAUUAGACUAAAAGACAGCAACUUUGAACAACUUAAAAUUACUAUGGAGUUGCAGCUUGAAGAACUACGAAAUAGAAACGGCAAGCUAAAACAAGAUAUCGAAGGUUUAAAAGCUGAGAAGGAUGAACUUAACAAUGCAUUAGACGACAUCAAAAAAGAACUAGAAAAGAGACGGAAUGAAGCAGAGAAACACGAAAAACAGUCCACAUUGCUUACAUCCGAAAUACAAACUCUGGAACAGCAGAUUACAGUAAAAGACGAAAAAAUAAGUAAUCUGGAAAGUCUUACGGAUAAACUGAGGUGUGAACUCGAUGACAAAAAUAUUUAUUAUAUCGGUGUAUUAAACCAACGACAAGAUGAUAUGCAACGGUUAAGCGACGAACAUCGGGAACUGCAAAAUAACGCUCAAAGCAGGUUGUUGCAAAUCAGAUCUAAAAACAUUGAUACAUUACAAACCAUUUUUGAACAGCUAACUUGUUCCAACCCUUAA